AUGAAGAGAUUCAUCUUUCUCUUUGCUGUUCUCCUCUUUCUGGUCCCAGCCAAGAAUUCAUUUUUUGAUAAGAAAUGCCUCAAGCUUAAAGGGAGAUGUGUGAAUUCUUGUGCGAAAAAUGAAGAACUUGUUGCUCUCUGCCAGAAGACCCUGAGAUGCUGUGUGACUCUCCAGCCAUGUGAGAAGAAUAAGGAUAAUGACUAA